GCAGAGCAGCCGACCCGCCCCUCCCCACUUCCGCGAGGGGCAGGGGCGGGGUCACGAACUGGGCCCUUAGCCCGGGGGUGGGGCUUUCCCUAAGGGGCAAGGCCAAGGCAUCUCGAAUUGGGACUGGCAGGAGCGGGGGCAGCGGGUUAUUAAGGCUGGGGGCGGGGGGUGGGCGGAUUCCCAGGGUAUUGGGGUCAGGGUGGCAUUAGCCCAGCUCAAGCCGGGCUAGGCUGACUCAGCAUCCUGUCCCUGCCAACCCUCGUCCCCGACCGCUCUGCUUUUCCUUGGGCAGAGAUGGGAGAUGGCGCCGGUGUUGCCCCUGGUGCUGCCCCUCCAGCCCCGCAUCCGUCUGGCACAGGGGCUCUGGCUCCUCUCCUGGCUGCUGGCGCUGGCCGGUGGCCUCGCCCUCCUAUAUAGCGGACACCUCCUGGCCCAGCUGUGGCUCCUCCGCACUUUCUUGGCUCCCUCCUGCCCCUUUGCUGCCCUGCCACAGGUGGCCCUGGCUGCCGGUUUGGGGGCUCUGGGCACAGGACUGGUGGGUGCGGGAGCCAGCAGGGCCAGCCUGGACGCGGCUCAGUACCCUCCCUGGCGAAAGGUCCUGGGCCCCCUGCUGCUGCUUGGCACUGCCGGUGGCGGGGGUCUUCUGAUCCUCGCCCUGGGGCUGGCCCUGGCUUUACCUGGGAGUCUGGACUCGGGGCUGGAGGAUGGCCUGGGGACUGCCUUGGCUCACUACAAAGACACAGAGGUGCCCGGACACUGUCAUGCCAAACGGCUGUUGGAUGAACUCCAGCUGAGGCACCACUGCUGCGGGCGCCACGGGUACAAGGACUGGUUUGGCAUCCAGUGGGUCAGCAGCCGUUACUUGGAUCCCAAUGACCAGGAGGUGGUGGACCGGAUCCAGAGCAACGUGGAAGGCCUGUAUCUGAUCGACGGUGUCCCUUUCUCCUGCUGCAACCCCCACUCGCCCAGACCUUGCCUGCAAAGCCGGCUCUCGGAGCCCCACGCCCACCCUCUCUUCGAUCCCCGUCAGCCCAACCUAAACCUCUGGGCCCAAGGAUGCCACGGGGUACUGCUGGGGUACCUGCAGGACUUUGCGAGCGUGCUGGGCGGCGGGCUGGCUGUCACCUUCCUGCUGCAGAUCCUGGUGCUCCUGGGCCUGCGGUACCUGCAGACGGCCCUGGAGGGGCUUGAAGGAGUCAUUGACGCGGAGGGAGACACCCAGGGCUAUCUCUUCCCCAGCGGGCUGAAGGACAUGCUGAAAACGGCGUGGCAACAGGGAGGGGUGGCUCAAAGGCCCGCACCUGAGGAGACCCCACCAGAAGAGGCACCCCCUGAGGAGGGUCUACCUGAGGCCUAGUGGCCUGAAGCUUGGGGUGGAGACUGGGAGGGGGGAUGGGGAGGGAUGGACAGGACUGAAAACUUCACAACCCCUUACCGAGCCUCCACGUGGUGGU